GGCAGCAGUGGUGCUGACAUUGGGACAGCGGUGUCAGGACAGCGGUGGCAGCAAGAGCUGGGGACUGGCAGAGGGCAAGGCACCAUGGCCCUUGCUCUGCGCCUCUUCCUCCCGCUCCUCCUGGCCGUGGCCCUGCCUGCCAGGGCUGCCCAGGCUGCUCCGCUGCAAGUGCGGGGAGCAGAUGAGCAUGCUAGGAAGGCUUCUCCAGCAGCUUGGCUCCAUGCAGAUUUCCAGCCUCUUAAGCCUCCUGCAGGUGUGUCUGCAGGGAAGACUUUUCAGGCUCCUUUCUGGGUUGCUGCACACAAGCCCAGCUCCCAUCGCAGGGAGAUGGACAGAGAGGCUGUGCUGAAGGCUGAGUUUCCCGGAGGAAGCAGUGGCUCAUUGGCAGCCUCUGCUGCAGGAAGGGAGGCGAUGCCAGGCACAGUCACUGAAGGUUGGGACCAUGACUUGCAUCAUUUGGAAAGACUGGCAAACCAUGGUUUAAGGGUCUUGGAGCUUGGUGAAGCUGAACGUGAUGAUGAAGAUGAUCUGGAUUCCCAACCCAUACCCAUUACUGAGCCUCAGGGAGAUGCUGAGGAUGUGUCUGCAGGGAGGACUUUCCCAGGUCCUCUGGUGGAUGUUGCACAUAAGCCCAACUCCCAUCGCAGGGGUCCCCUGAGAAGGAAGAACAAACCUACAGGAGACAGUAAGUCCCUGGAGGAAUCCAAACAUCUGGAACAAAUCCUGAGUGAUGUGGAGAGACGUGGUGAUGCAGCCGGCACCUCAACACAUGCUGACAAGACCUGGAAAAGCAUGAGAAGAAUUUUCUGCUGGGGAACACCUUGUUUGGUUAAGUUGAUGGCCAUUGUGCUUGGUGCAGCACUUUGCCUGAUGAUUUGCUCUGCUGGAAUCUGGUAUUGCUGGAAGAGAAAAUGGUGCUCCUGCCCAUCCUCAGAAGACAAGCCUAACAACUCCAGCAAAGAGAACUUGACCCGUGUUCCCAGCUCUUCACUUCUGUCCCCAUCUGCCCUGCCGCAGCUGCAGCACCCUCUUGAGCCCUUCCCUAAACUCACCCCUCCACAACGAAACCCUCCACCCCUGAGCCCCCUGGUCCUGUUCCCCAGCUACGACUGAAGGUGGGCAGGCCUCGUCUGCCAGGGCAUGGCUUGGCCCACAUUUUCUGUUCAAAUAAAAAAAUAGAGUUGUCAUAGAUAUGUCCGGGUGGUACCACCAGUGUGAUAAACUGUGGUAAUUUGUUUGUUCAUCAAAAGAAUUGGAAUAUUAAAGGAGGAAAUAUAAAAAUUAAAGUAUAAGGGACUAGCCUGCUUGUUAGGAGAUAGGGGAGGACAAAAAAAAAGCAACUGCUACAAACCGCAAGGCUAUAGACAUAUUGCAAAACCGCAAGAUCACAAGUAUGAUUAAUCACCAUAUAGGGAGCUUUUCGUAGCUUUUUUGCAGACACAGGCUAAGGAUGUGGGGGGAUGGCCGGAGCUGAUUAUGAAAUCAGCGACCACCAGGCAACGGCCACCGGACUAGACAACGUAGGCGUGCUCCAGGUACGCCCAUCACUGUCCGGAGCCGAUUUUGAAAUCAGGGAUCACCUGCCUCGACACAACGCAGAAACGAUGCAGAGAGAUGCUCAAGCUACGCCCACCGCUAUCGCAAAAGACAUGAAUGAAGAAACCUCCAAGAAACUAUAAAAGAGACUGAAUAAGGGGAGUGGGGUGUGGGGCACUGCAGUGUGGGACACUGCAGGAGGGGCGGUUUGGAGACCCCUACCCACCCAGCGCUGUUUUGCUUGCUACUGCUUGCUAUAAUUAAUAAAAUUCUAAUUGACCUUAAAAAGGCUGAAUCAAAUUAUUCGCCUCAAUUUAUCACACCCUGAUGUGUCACAAUGGCCCCUCGGCUCCAUGCGCCCUCGCUGUGUCACAACGGCUCCUCUGUGACACUGCGGGCUCCACAAGGUCACCACGGACCCUUGGUUCCCCCGAGUUCCACAAUGGUCUCCUUGAUUCCAUGAGGCAGCACAGUGUCACAAUGGCCCCUUGGUUCCAUGAGGUUCCGCAGUGUCACCGUGGUGUCCUUGGGCCUGCAUUGUCACAGCUGACCCACGGCUCCAUGAGGUUCCCCAGUGUCACCGUGGUUGCUGUCAGAGGCUGGAUGAGAUCGAUGUCCCGAGACCCCUUGGGAUGCUCGGAAUGCCCGUGUGGGGCCAGGGCCGGGUCAGGCCUUGGUUUGUGGUGGGACAGAGCCCCGCCCCCAGCCCUGGCCUGGCACAGCUGUCAAUCACACAGCAGGGGCGGUGCCAACCCAGCUCUGAUUGGCUGAGCUGUCAAUCAAUCACACAGCAGGGGUGGUGCCAAGCCAUUUCUGAUUGGCUGAGCCAUCAAUCAAUCACACAGCAGCAGCUGGUGCCAACCCUGACUCUGAUUGGGCAAUCAGCUGGCAGUCCCACCCCAGGGGCGGGCCCAUGGAGGCCCAGGGGGUUAAAAGCCGGAGCUCGAGGCCAGCCCAUGGUCUGGAUCCUGCCUUCUGCUGGGGUUCCUCUGUUGGCGACGCUGGAACCCGAGCUUUUGGUGCCUGUCUGUGUCUGUGUGUCUUUCUACAGAUCUUCUGCCUUUCUGUUGUUCUCAAUUUCUUCUCCUUCUAAUCCAACUUACCUGGAACAUUUUUGGGUAACUUAACAUCUUAAGGGUUAAAGGUUUUUAGGUUAAAUGGGCUAAGUUAGUGAAGUUAAUGCUAUGAUAAGAGUUUUAUGUUGAAAUGGAUGUUGUAAUAAACCCUUUGCCAAAGUU